AUGUUAGUAUUCUAUGAUAUUGACAUAUCAUCUCGUACAUGUCGAAAUAAUCAAAAUUUAUCGUAUAAUCGAUUUUUAGCAUUUUUUUCAUUAGGAUUUUUUGCAAUAUCUCCACCAAUUUUGAUGACUCUAUUUGGGCUGUUGACACUUAUGAAUAUAAGAACUCGUCGACGAAGAGUUGUUCCUAUAAAUGUUCGACAAACACGACAAACAGAUUUUCAAUUAUUUCGAAUGUUACUGUGUCAGGUUACAUUUUAUAUUAUAUUAGUUUCACCAUUUAAUGCUAUGUAUGCUGCAUCAACAAUUCUUGGACAAACAUCAUCUUUAUUUAAUUUUAUUUAUAAAAUUUCACGUUUAUUUUAUUUUCUUAGUUAUAGUACUUCAUUUUAUAUUUAUACUCUGAGUGCACGACUAUACAGAAAGGAAUUCUUAAAAAUAGUUAAUACGGUAUUACGACGUUUAUUCAAAAUUGAGACUAAUCAGCAGCCAAGACAAAAGAAUUCAACAACAAAUCAAGCAAUAUUUGCCGUUGUUAUUAGCGUACGUCCAAACUAG